GCAUGCACUUUGGAGGGCUCCGUCACCCCCUUCAUCAAAUCCGCUAUCUCUCAUUCACUCACUGUUCGUGUCGAGGACAACAACUCACUACCUCUGUCUCCAUCUGCCCGUGACUCUGAAUCACUUAACUACAAAGAAUCAUUUCAGCACCAUGACCAGAGAUCAGUUUAUCCUAUGUAUAAUCAAGUGACAUGAAUUGAACUUUUCGCUGCUAUUCUUAUAAAUGAGGCGAAACUGUAGGCAGCUUCAACAGGUGAAAUAUUAUAUAACAGAUCUAAUGCAUAUGAUAUGACCACAUUCUGACUUAUUAUGAUGAGGAAUAAGAAAAAUAGCUGUUGGACAGCUAUGCUUGGAAAUCUAGUCAUCUUUAAUCUGUUUAUUGUGUGUCUAAUCUGUAGAAUACCUGCUUUAAACUUUACAUUUCAUUUAUAAUCUUAGUUGUAUUUGCAUUGACUCCACAAAGCCAAAAUGACUUCAUCGUAUAACAAUGAGACCAGGGGUGAUAUAUCAGAAACACUGGAAGUCUGCAAAUUCCUGGGACAAUAUGGAGAUCCGGGUGGUUACCACAAAUCCAAAAGCCUGCCCGUUCUUAACGGAGACUGUCCUAACGUUAAUGAGUCAAUGGAACCAAGGCUUGUCAGUACGACGCAGACUUUAGUAAAUACCAACCAGUGCUUGCCAUUCACCGAGCUGCGACAGAAAGGAGACAUGUGUGAACUGGAAUCACCCACCGGGACAGAUUUCUCCCCUUCCAUGUCCAGUAUGGUGGGUCUUAGUAGCUCCAUGAGAACUGAAGCCAACCGAGCAGGUGGCAAAAAGAUAGGCUUUUCAUUGGCAAGAUUCAUCCGCUUUCCUGCAAGAAAGUACAUGAGGGUGAUUCUGUCAGACUCUAGGUGUUUUCUGUUCUGUAUGUGUUACCUGACAUUCAUCCAGUCGUUGAUGGUCUCUGGCUACCUUAGUAGUGUCAUCACCACUAUAGAGAAGAGAUACAGCCUUAGAAGUUCAGAAUCGGGACUGCUGGUUAGCUGUUUUGACAUUGGAAGUCUUUUGGUGGUGGUCUUCAUCAGUUAUUUUGGGGGUCGAGGCCAGAGGCCACGCUGGUUGGCAGUAGGAGGGGUGUUCAUCGCCGUGGGAGCAGCUCUGUUCUCCCUUCCGCAUUUCAUCUCUCCACCCUAUCAAAUCCAAGAGGUCAAUUCGUCCACGGGGAACGAGGGCCUGUGCUCCAACGGGAAUGGGAGCAGAAAGGAUGCUCUGGAUGGGUCGUCCUGUCCAAGGGACCAAGAGGGCAACGAUCACUCUAUGUAUGUUGCCCUGUUUAUCUGCGCCCAGGUCCUCGUGGGCAUGGGUUCCACUCCUAUCUACACGCUUGGACCAACGUACCUGGAUGAUAACGUGAAGAAGGAGAACGCUUCCCUCUACCUUGCUAUUAUGUAUGUGAUGGGGGCUCUGGGGCCAGCUUCGGGGUACCUGCUUGGAGGCGUUCUGAUCGGCUUCUACGUGGAUCCUAAAACCAUCAUCAACAUUGAGCAAAGUGAUCCACGCUUUGUUGGCAACUGGUGGAGUGGUUUCCUGCUCUGUGCUUUCGCCAUGCUGUUGGUCAUCUUCCCCAUGUUCACUUUCCCCAAAAAACUUCCCCCUCGACACAAGAAAAAGAAUGGGGCAGACAGCACCUCCAAAGAUGAUGAUGUCCUGAAAGAGAAAUCCAACACCAAAGGCCAAACUGUGGCUUCCUCCAUGGGCUUUGGGAAGGACAUCAGAGACCUCCCCAAGGCUGCCAUCAGGAUCCUCAGCAACAUGACGUUCCUCUUCGUGAGUCUGUCCUACACAGCUGAGAGCGCCAUCGUCACUGCCUUCAUCACCUUCAUCCCUAAGUUCAUCGAGUCUCAGUUUGGAAUCCCUGCCUCCAACGCCAGCAUAUACACAGGGGUCAUUAUCGUGCCCAGUGCAGGGGUUGGCAUUGUACUGGGUGGCUACAUCAUAAAGAAACUCAAGCUUGGAGCUCGUGAGUCCGCAAAGCUGGCCAUGAUCUGCAGUGGGGUGUCUCUUCUGUGCUUCUCCACACUCUUUAUUGUGGGCUGUGAGAGCAUAAACCUGGGUGGGAUCAAUAUCCCUUAUACCACAGGGCCGACACUCACUCUGACCCACAGAAACCUGACGGGAGGCUGUAAUGUGAAUUGUGGCUGUCGGAUCAACGAGUACGCUCCUGUCUGUGGCUCAGAUGGCAUCACAUAUUUCAACCCCUGCCUGGCGGGAUGCAGCACUGUUGGCAAUGACAGCACCGGGAUCAGAAACUACACAGACUGUGCAUGCGUGCAGAGCAGGCAGGUCAUCACACCACCCACCAGUGGCCAAGGCAACCAGCUGCAACUGGUCAUAGUGAAGACCUACCUGAACGAGAAUGGAUUUGCAGUGUCAGGGAAGUGUGAUCGCACCUGCAACACACUCAUCCCCUUCCUCAUCUUCCUCUUCAUCGUUACACUCAUCACAGCUUGCGCACAGCCCUCUGCCAUUAUUGUCACUCUCAGGUCAGUAGAAGAGCAAGAACGUCCGUUUGCUUUAGGAAUGCAGUUUGUGUUGCUAAGAACUCUGGCCUACAUUCCCACACCAAUCUACUUUGGUGCGGUGAUUGACACCACCUGCAUGCUUUGGCAGCAGGACUGCGGUAUUCACGGCUCUUGCUGGGAGUAUGAUGUCACUUCCUUCCGCUUCGUGUACUUUGGCCUGGCCGCCAGCCUCAAGUUUGUGGGCUUUGUGUUCAUAUUCCUCACCUGGUACUCAAUUAAAUACAAAGAGGAUCGUCUAGAGCGCUGGCAGCAGCAUCUGCCUCCUCUGGGCACCGUCAGCGAGCUCAUCUGUCACGUGGGAGGCCACAAGAGCCACGCUCGUACCCGCUCCUGCCCCGUUUUCACACCCCGUCCCGAGCCCCCUGACCAGCCCCCACUCAACCGCGGACACUGCAGCCAAAGCUUCCCUGGAAAUGCCCUCAAAGGAAUAACCCCACCUGCCCGUUCGCUGCAGGAAAUGCACAUUUAAGGAACAUGCGCCCUGACAUCUGCCUCCACGUGCCUUCCUGUCAGGUGCCUCCAUGUGGCUUUCAGGGGCUUGCUGUGCUUACCAAUCUCAGUGUCACCAGUACAAACUCACAGCAAAUACAGGUUGUGAAAAAUCAUGGAGUAUUUGCUGUCGAAGUGUAUGGAAGACAUGUCAUGGUGCUAAAUGAGGAACGGAGAGGACAUUUCUCUGUAUCCAAUCUUGGAUUCCAAGACUAUUAUAUCAAAGACGAAAGUACCACAAGCACAAAAGGAUAUCAGUACUAUGCAACGCCGUACCGCAUUACAGCCUCCAGGCAGAUGCUUUCUACUCUAUUAUCAUUAACAACAGUAUUCCCAACAGCAGAAUAUCUCACAUGGUUUUUAUGAACAGGUUUGUGAAGAAAUUCACCUCAAAAUGAUGUUAUCAACUCGCUUCUUGUUAGUUUGGAUGGUUUGGUUAUCGUCAGUGUGAUUUGGGUGGUAUUCAAGGAGCUGUACUAGAACUUUCAGCCUCCUCCAGAUGGAUCACAUAGUGCUGUAUUUAAGUUCAGUGCCUCAGAUUGCCCCAUCAGCAGUGAGGUUUGCUGGCUAACAUGCUAAGCACUGAGUGGACUGGACUGCUAAAAUGCAUUUGGAGAAGGACUUCAAAGCCUUGUCUUCUCAUUCUUCAUCUUCAUAAUCAUUCUGUCUAUUCAGUGAUUGACUCUCAAAAGGCCAUAUGUGUUUUGAUGCACACUGCGGGAUCAGAUGUUUGUUCAGUGGUCUAGUAUUAGGUCUCAAAGAAGUCAGGCUUUGGUCAGAUCAAUUUGAUGGAUUUUUUUGGCGAAUCCGUAUUCAAACCGGUUUUGUUUUUUGUAAGUGUGAACAGCAAAAAAAAAAAAAAAAAACAUGAAACCUGAAGUUUAAAAACCUAAUCCAAACCACUUUCAUAUCUGGUUUGAAAUCUGAUUCAAAUCAGUUUUUUCUUUCUCAGCAUGAUUGGUAAGAUCAGACAUGGAAUGACAAACUAAAUCUGUCAAUUUUUCUCACUCUUUCCUUAUGUACACAAAAAUUCUUCAUUGGCAUAUGGUUUCAAGAAGAACCUUUAACAUCCAUGGACCUUUCCAUUGCACAGAAGGUUUUUUUUUUUUCAAAGUGGAAAAAGGUUCUUUAGAUUAUUAAAAUGUCCUUCACAAUAGGAAAAGAAAUGAUUCUUUUAAGAACUGUUCAAUGACAGGUUCUUUUGGGAACCCAAAAUGGACCUUCUAUGGCAUCACUGCGAAACCCCCCUUUCAGAACCUUUAUUUUUAAGAGUGUAUAGUGAAGUAUGUGACUCUGUAGUGAAUUGGUGAUCAAGUCAGUGAUUUUGGACACAGUAUGAAUUCCUAAAUGUCUCAUUUGGUCAAAAGCUUAAGAGAUAUCAUGAUAGAUAUGAGCCGAGGCUUAACUUUACAUUUUUCAUCCUCCCUUUCCACUUUUAAGGCACAUUCACACCAAGUACGAUAACUAUAAAGAUAACUAUAACAAGAUUGGUGUCCACACCAAAGAACGAAAAUGUUCUGUUUAUUAUGUGCGCACUGCAGUGUUUUCAUAUGCCACUUUAAACAUUCAAGCUAUUUAUAGUCGGGUGGAUUUUGAUUGGCUGCCGAUUUUUAUAUCAUGUAAAAAAAAAAAAAAGUAAUAUUUGAAAGAGAUUUCAGUGAUAUUGUUUCUCUGUGUAGUUAACAUUGUGGUGUGACUUUCCUAUUUUCAUAGAAGUAGAAUUCAUUAAAACAUUAUAGUUAUCGUCCUUUGUGUGAACAGCUAUGAAUGAUACAGUCUCCUGGCAUCGUGCUGACAUCAUCAUUACUAUAGUACCCAAUGUAGAUAGACCCAUUAUAGAUUUCAUCACUGGUUUGAUCACAAAAGUCAGAUUUGAAAACCAAAUCAUAUUUGUGUGUAGUGUGAACACACCGAUUCAAACCCAGAUUCAAAUCAGUCGACCGCUAAUGCUGCUUCUGUGUCCAAAUACCUGAGCAUAUCUGAGCAGCUUUAGUGAUAGCAUUGGUAAAGCCAUAGCAGAAUGAGAAUGGAUUCUCCACUUUGGUUUGGGAGCUGUUGACAUAUAUGAGCAUGUGCUUCAGCUACAGGGAGAUCCUCAAGCACUGGCUCUAUUCUUAUGCACCGACUAUAUAUAAUUAAACUUCUGCCUAAUAUUAUGCAAACCUCAGAUUUUCAGUAGUCUGUGAUGGGUUUAUAAAGCUAGUUUGGCAGUUCAUUAGAUGUAAUGCAGUUACUUUUGAAGUCAUGGAGAAGUUUUUAGCCAUGUGUAAUCAUUUACAUAGGUAUUAUUUGGUUUACUUAAGAUUAAUGAGGGACUAACAUGAUAGUUAGUGCUUGGCAUGCAAACAACAAAACGCAGCUUAAUGGAGACCAUGCUGUAUUAAUUCCAUCCUUUUACAUAUAUCUCCACUUUAAAAUGAUUUUGUAAACUGUGCUGUAUUAUGAUCACAAUUUCAGAACCACAAAAUGAGUGCAUACUUUUUCCAGACCUCUUAUUGUCAGUGUUUUUCAUAAAAUAUUGUGUUGAAAAGGUAUUUCAGAUGAUGACUUCAGUAUUAGAAUGUGACAAAAAUUGGGGUGUAAGAUGUGAAAUCAAGCCCUUCUGUGAAUUUGAAAUGGCUUUUUCCAUGUUUGUGAACUAUAAGAUGUACAGUGGUGAAAGUCUGACUUCUUUACAAUAAUCAGGAGCUCCCCAUUAGUUUGACCUACAAUGUGAGCUGCUCAAAAUCAAUCUGAUGAAAUCGUUCAUGUAGUGUCUGCAAGAUAUCAAUAAAGGAUCUUGAAAUAGACAAAGUAAAAAUGAAUUUCAACAUGAACAAGUAAAUGAGAACAAAUGCAAAAACUACAGAAGCUUGAAGAGCACUCUCUCAGUAUCCUCUUGUUUUUUUAUGCUACAUAAUUAUUUUAUAUAUAUUUGCCCCCAUUUGUUAAAUUAGAACGCUAAUGCUUUUCUUACAGGUUUCAAGGUUGUUGUUGUAGUUGUCAAGUGAACAAAAAUUUUAUUUUGUGCCCAUUUAGUCAACAGACUCAUUUGCAUCUAAAACUCAAGGAAUUCCUUUUAAAGAGCAUCUCACAUUUGAAGUCAAAUGAAUGCAUUAGUGUCUAUUUUGACUAUCAGCAGGGCUGAUUUCAGAUCAGUGUAAAGACUAGCUGGAAUUGUCUAUCUUCAGUACUCUUGGAUACAAGAUGUCCUGAACUCCCACAUGUGAACUAUUCAUCUAGACAUUUAAUUCUGUCUUGGUUCUUCAAUAUUUUAUUGACGUAUUUAUUGAAAUAAAAGAAUUUAGAAA